AUGAAGAGUGAUGCGUCUAUGGAUGAACCUUUGGGAUUUAGCACUGGAAUCUCCUCACCUGGACACAGAGUGAAGUGUCUCUCUGCUGUACUGGAGAAUCCUCAUUGUAAACUGGAGAAACUGUGGUUGAGGAAUUGUGGAGUAUCGGAUGAAGGCUGUGCUGCUCUCGCUUCAGCUCUGAGAUCAAACCCCUCACACCUGAGAGAUCUGUAUCUGUCUGGGAAUAAAGUAGGAGACUCAGGAGUGAAGUGUCUCUCUGCUCUAAAGAAUGAUAAAUGUUACAAACUACAGACACUGGAUAUCAGAUGCAGUGAAAUUUCAGGGAGAAGUGGAGAAGCUCUGACCUCAGUGCUCAACUCAGAAACCUCCAGUCUGAGAGAACUGCAUCUGACUGUCAAUACACUGGAUCUGUCUGAGAAUAAACUAGAAGACUCAGGAGUGAAGCGUCUCUCUGCUCUACUGGAGAAUCCUGAGUGUAAAGUGAAAUAUCUGAGGUUGGGUGGUUGUGGAGUAUCAGAUGAAGGCUGUGCUGCUCUCGCUUCAGCUCUGAGAUCAAACCCCUCACACCUGAGAGAACUGAAUCUGUCUUGGAAUAAAGUAGGAGACUCAGGAGUGAAGUGUCUCUCUGCUGUAUUGGAGAAUCCUCACUGUAAACUGGAGAUACUGUGGUUGUAUGAUUGUGGAGUAUCAGAUGAAGGCUGUGCUGCUCUCGCUUCAGCUCUGAGAUCAAACCCCUCACACCUGAGAGAUCUGAAUCUGCCUGGGAAUAAAGUAGGAGACUCAGGAGUGAAGUGUCUCUCUGCUGUACUGGAGAAUCCUCACUGUAAACUGGAGAUACUGGGGUUGUGUGAUUGUGGAGUAUCAGAUGAAGGCUGUGCUGCUCUCGCUUCAGCUCUGAGAUCAAACCCCUCACACCUGAGAGAACUGUAUCUGACUGGGAAUAAAGUAGGAGACACAGGAGUGAAGUGUCUCUCUGCUGUACUGGAGAAUCCUCACUGUAAACUGGAGAUACUGGGGUUGUGUGAUUGUGGAGUAUCAGAUGAAGGCUGUGCUGCUCUCGCUUCAGCUCUGAGAUCAAACCCCUCACACCUGAGAGAACUGUAUCUGUCUAUGAAUAAAGUAGGAGACUCAGGAGUGAAGUGUCUCUCUGCUGUACUGGAGAAUCCUCACUGUAAACUGGAG